AUGUCAGUUACCGAUCAAUCCUCCGGGCCUCUUCCACUGAACUACAGUCUAGCCAAGCGGAAAUUCCGCAUCAUACGAUUCUGGUUGCUCGUAUCUAUGGACUCGGUGGCCUUCCCCAUUGGUCUCUACUAUCUCCUGACCAGGGCCACGACAUUGUCUCUCACAGUUGGUGUUUCUAUUGGCAGUUUUCACGAUAGUAACAUUGACAUUGUUCGGAACGUUCGCAACGGAAUCAUUCCAGAGAUCAUGGCGUCUGUGGCGGAAGGGUUCUACUUUGAUUUCACCCAUUGGCACAUCCUCGCCUCCUGGGUCAUCAUCAUCGCGGAGCUAGUCGUCGGGACCAUCCCCAAUCCACCCGUGAUGCGCAUGCUGGCCAUGCCCAUUCCUUCGCUUUUCUUCAUCUUUGCGCUGGAGAUGUUUAUCCUCGAGGCGAUGUACGUUCUCGGAAGGCCGGUCCCGUUUCGAGUCUCCUCCAUCCCAAAAGGUGACCCGAUGCGUCCGGCUCUCUAUCCAUUCUUGGAAGACAUCAUCGCCGUAGAUGGCAGGGGAGGAGCCGGGUUUCGGAGCCGCCUGGAUCAGCGGUACCGAACUAGCCCGCCCUUUCGUGGAAUGCUGCACCGGUUGACUAUGCUGUGGGCGGUUCCUCAAUUCCUGGUAGCAGGAGGGACGCUGGCGGGGAUUGUACUUGCUGACCGGGAGCUGGCCUAUACGUAUAGUACGGCUUAUAUAUUGAAUGUCGGGGAUGUACUCUACGUCAACCACUAA